GAUUACCACCCGUACAAGGAAUCUUUCUCCUACGGAAUUGAUUAAUUAAUUACUCCGUAUUAAUUAAUCACUCAUCGUUUGGUAUAGUAUUACUAGGAGUCUUUGUGCAUGCAUAUAUUAUCACAUUUACGUACUGAAUACUGAUCCACCAUUACGUACAUAACAAACUCUCCCGAAUUAAUCGGAGCAAUCGGAUGUCGUCGCCGGCGGCGGCAACACCCGCGGACGACGAAGGAGGUCACGGCGGCAGAGCUCACUCGGCGAUGAAGGCGGUGGUGUUCGCCAUCAUGGCGGGGGGAAUCCUGUGGACGGUUGUAGCGGGGUACGCACGGCGGACGCCGGCGGGAGUGGCGGCGCCGGAGGGAGAAGAGGAUACGAUCCUGAAGUGGGGACGCCGCGUUUUCACGGCGGCGUUGCUGGUUCCGUGCGCGGCGCUGUUGCUGGUGAUGUCCCUCCUGAACUGCGUCAACGCCGCCGUGCCUCCUCCGGUCCGGGUCCGGUUGGAGAAAGUACUGUUCAGUGACGUCAGCAACAGACCACGAGAACAAGAAUCGUUGUGGUCCCCAUUAGUAACCGUUUAAUUAAUUAAACUUUCUACCUGUAA